UCAUGAAUAUUCAUCGAUCAGCGCACACGGCGGUGUGUGAUUGGUCGAGGAGGGGCGCGUGCUGGCGAGAAACGCUGGUUUAUUUUGAAGAAUCCGCUUUUUAAAACAUGAUUUUGACUGAGUGUAAAAUUUGCAGUAAAGCCGAAAACAAAAUCUUCGAAACGCAGACUCUGACUUCUUUAGAGCGGAUUCUCCCUCCGGACUACACCCAUCACCUCUGCUCUUAUACGUCUUCAGGAGACGAGUCGCAGUUCGGCGCCGUCUUCAGGUGUCAGUUCAGACUGGCGUUAAAAUCGGAGGCGGAGCUUCUGCAGUGGCUCAGCAGGUUUCAGGAGCAGUCAGGUCUCACCUGGAGGAAGUCCAAAACCUACCCCGCCGUCGGCCCUGUCACCAAAUUCAGAGUCGACCUGCGAUGUCACCACAACACGAGGGCGAAAAUAGAGAGCUCCAGGAGGACGAGAAACACGGGCUGCCCAGCGACUGUGUACCUGGUGGUGAAAAAUACGACGUACUCCAGAGGCAGAGAGUCCAGGUCUGGAGAUUCUCACCUCAGAGAAGGUUUGUCUGCCGUCAUCACCCUCCGACAUGAACACAACCACCGCGUGGCAGCCACAGACCCUCUGUGCUGGAGCGACGUCUCGGCUGCUACAGCGGAGAAGCUCAAGACCCUGUUUCAGAACGGCCAUUCUCCAUCGUCUGCUCUUGAGACGCUGAAAUACGAUUUACAGGAAGAAAACGGCGACGACUCGGCGGAUCUCUCUGCGUGUCCUGAUGUCCACUACUGCCACAAACUGUACUUCGAGAUCUUUCAGAAAGCAUACCAAGUGCCUUCAUGGGAAGAAAUACUCCAUGACAUCCGGCAGCAAAUUGAGAAAUACAACUCUGAACAGGGAGAAGACAGCGUGGCUGUGGACAUUACUGAAGACAGCCAGGUUGUUGUUGCCGUCUGCACACCGCUCAUGAAGCGUGUACACACUCGGAUCACAGAGAGCGGAGAUGUGUUGUUGAUCAACUCAUUCUGGAGCUGUGAUGACAAGAAUCUGAAAAUAUUUGUGCUACUCUGCCACUCUGCAGAAAGAGGGCUGCCUCUGGGGGUCAUCGUCACAUCUGAAGAAACACAGUCCACCAUUUCUGCAGGUCUGCAGCUACUGAAGACUCUCAUACCCAGGAGGAACUUCUUCGGAUGCCAUGGAGGUCCACGGACCAUCGCCUUGUCGGAAGAUUGCACGCCUUUGCGCCAGGCACUCAAGGAGGCGUACCCUGAGGCUUCGUUCUUGCUUUGUGCUUUCCACCUCAUGCAGGAAAUGCGCCAAUGGCUGAGGGACAACAGCAACAAGAUCACCAAACCUGAACGGUCUCAACUUCUGGAUUUGUUCAGAAGAAUGAUCAGUGCAAGGUGCGAGGAUUUCCUACAGUCUCAUUACGACGCCAUACGCAACAACCCGCUUGCAGCAAAACACCCUGAGUUCAUUCAGCACCUAGAGGAAACAUAUGAGCGAAGAGAUACCUGGGCCGCCUGCUUUCAAGAUGAUUUGCCAAGCAGCUAUGCAGUAUUUGCCAAGCGGAUCCUCAAGGACAAGGUCCUCCAUCAACUGAAAGCCUUUAAUCUCAUUCAGAUGGUCCACUUUGUCCAAACUAGGAUGGAGGCACACUACAUCCGUCAGUUAACACUUGCAGUUAACAAUGGGAAUGUGUGUCAACAGUCGGAGGCAUACAUCAGUGAAGAGACCCAAAGUAACAUCGUGCAACAGGAUGAGGAAAACUACAUAGUUGUGAGCGAGACAUCAGAUAUCCAACACCACGUCAACAUCACACUGAGGACCUGCACCUGUCCUGUGGGCGUGGCCACAGGCAGCUGUGAGCACCUGAAUGCCGUGCGAACGCGACGUCUUCAGGAGGUGUUUUACGAAAUUACUAACAGGAAGAGCGUUCCUGAGGACUUGUUUGGCAGCAUGGAGCCUAAGCAGGACCUCAGUAAUUCCAGCACAUCAUCUCUUACAUACACUGACAGUACGAUCAAACAGGAGCUUAAGAAGCCUGACAUCAGUAAUGCAGAUGUGAGCAGAGACGCCGCUGUGGUGAUGGAUACGGAGCAAGCACAGGCUUCCCAAACCCCUGCUGGCACAAACAGCCACCUAGUGGAGGAACUGAUGCAGGUGUUCGACUCGAUCCGAGACAAAGUCCUGAACGAUCCACACACCUUCACCAUCCCAGUGCAGAGGUUCGUUUCUCAUUAUAAAAACAUUAAAUCAGACGCUGAUCUCGCCUCAGCGCUGUCCGUCUUCGGCACAAGAGACUGCAGACGGACGUCUUUUCGAAAAGCAGCCGCUGGGGGACACGGGACACUGAAUUCAGGACGUCUUCUGAAAAGGAUUAAAAGAGAGCACAACUAUCCAAGCUGGACAAGGAGGAGAACCAUGUCACAGAGUUUAGAGUUCUGUAUGGAUCACAACACGUCAGACGAAAAUAAACCUUAAAAUCCUACCACA